GAAAAUCAGCUCCCAUCAGAGCCCUUUACCGAUUCCUUUCUGGAGUACCUUUUUAAAGCGCGUGUCACUGUAUUCAGUCUCCCAGCUAGCCCUCUAAACCUAAAGAUCUGGUCGAGAGAGAAAGAUCAGUAACAGCAAACAGCAAGGAAAUGGGUUCCGGGAAUUUUCUCCAAGUGGUGGCUAAGAACUUUGAUGUUCUUGCACUGCCUCUAGUCACGCUCGUUUAUCCACUGUAUGCUUCAAUUAAGGCUAUAGAGACCAAGUCUCCUACCGACGAUCAGCAAUGGCUUACAUAUUGGGUUCUGUAUUCCAUGCUCACAAUCUUUGAGCUCACCUUCGCCAAAGUCCUUGAAUUGCUCCCCAUUUGGCCUUAUGCUAAGCUUAUUGUGACAUGCUGGUUGGUCCUACCGCACUUCAAUGGGGCAGCACAUGUGUAUCGGAACUUCAUCAGGCCAUUCUACAUGAAUCCACAAGCUCCUCAAAUCUGGUAUAUCCCACGAAAGAAGAACAUCUUCAGUAAGCCAGAUGACGUUCUAACAGCUGCCGAGAAAUACAUUGAAGAGCACGGAACGGAAGCAUUUGAAAAGCUUAUAAGCAAGCAGGCUGAUAGAGAAGUUAGAGCCAGAAGGAGCAGCAAUUACAUGAUCUUCGAUGAUGAUUAUAUAUACUGAAAAAUGUGUGGUCUCCAUAUGAUGAUUAUAUAUAUGCCACCCUUCUUUCCUAGCUAAUUCCGGUCUGUUGCUGUUUAAAGAUGCUAAAUAUCUUAGUAGCAUCGAAUGUGAUAGCCAUCAAGAGAUGUCAUUUUAUGUAGCGUAAGCUUUUGAGUUGAGGCAUGUCAUAAUAUGUUAUGUUAUAUGUUAUGUUACCUCUUCAAAAGUGGUAUCAAAGCUAAUUGUUUGGCGGGUCGAGUAUUGAACACAAUAUUUGUAUGGCGGAUUUCUAUAGGGUUCUUGAUCUAUUAUUAUCUAUGGUAGAGUGGACUAAAGAA